UGCAUUUUUUUGUUUCCGUCAUGGUGUGUCCCGCCGAGCGGAAUGAAAAUGGCAUCAGCGGAAUGGCGCGUGUCUUUUUAUUUUAUUUUAUUUUAUCAUUUUUUCUCGAAAACCCUGGUAACAGACAAGUCCUGUUUAGGACUAGGAGCGUACGAAUAACUCUGUACACUUUUUUCCAUGUUACUGCAAUCUUCUUUUCCAACUUUAGAUACGCCUUUGGGCAAUGGAGCAGAAACGGAAUGGCGGAUACCAUCAUCGCUUACAGAGUCGCUACUGGCGGCUACGGAAUCCAGGUCUGAUAAAAGAAUCAGAAAACCGAACGAAGCAAUUCAGACGUGACACACACACACACACACAUACCCUUCACUCUUUCUGUGACCCUAAACCUGCGAGAUGCGACCCGCGUAUUAUCCGUACCCCGUCCUCGGCAAUGGAAACGCCAGACGCCGGACCCUUUGCGGGUUUUGAUUCAAACAAUUUCGCGACUGAGGUCUGGAAGAUGGGGACAAACCACGUUGGAAGUUAAGGAGAAGCAGAGAAGAAGCAGGGGACGCAGUAAGAAUUGAAAAUAAAGAUAAUGAAAAAAACAACAAACUUAAUCUCUCGCGCGGCAGUCUUGGCGAACCCCUCCAUCCUCCGACGUGACGAGGUGCAAAACCGCCCAAGUCGUU